UACCAUAAGUCGAGGAGAAAUAGAAAUACAGGCUCAUACACAAAGUCGAUCGAGCUUAAUACUGAGGUCGUACGACAUAUGCAGCCAAAUUCAUUAUUUCGUUGUGCUCGGGAGGUUGGAUAGGGAGGUUGGAUAAAAAUCGUAAAUAGCAACCGCGUUCUUCUUGGACUGAGGUCGGUGAAUCACUGGGUGAAAUGAAGGAACCAGAAAAACCUUUUCAUUUUUCGCUGCUGCGGAAUUUGUAACACCGACACGAAUUGAUUGUUUGAUCGCUGGUUGUUCGGACCUGCGAUCGUUCAACCGUUUUCCAUCACUUUCCAUAACCUCCAUUGGCUUUUGAUCGUCAAUGACAAGCAGCAAUCUGUACGAGAUCCUUGGAGUUGAUUCUUCAGCGACCGAAGCCGAAAUCAAAAAGGCUUACAGAAAACUGGCCAUUCAAUAUCAUCCGGAUAAGAAUCCUGCAGGCGCUGAAAAGUUCAAGACGAUAUCGCAUGCCUAUGAAAUCCUUUGUGAUCCCGAGAAACGUGCAAAGUAUGAUCGAGGAGACGAAUCUCAAGAGGACGAUCAUAUGUACGAAGCAUAUGGUCACCCUGCCGGCUUUUAUUUCAAUGACUUCUUUUUUGAUAACGCCCGGAACCACGAUAUCGAGAUCACGCAUUCUAUUUCGCUCAAGGAAUUGUUCUUUGGCACCCAAUUGCAGCUAUCUUAUGUAAAAAAUAUCAUAUGCAGUGGCUGCCACGGCAAAGGGCGUAAAAUGGUGAAGAGAGUUCCGUGCACUCUGUGCGCCGGUAAAGGGACGCUUGGAAAAAUGCCAUCUCGCGACAAGACUUGCCAUAAAUGCAAAGGCAUUGGAAAGAUCAAAGUGAAACAAAGUUGCAAAACAUGCCAUGGCAGGAACAUGGUAGAGGUUGAAGAUAGUGUAUCCGUCGAGGUCAUCCCUGGCAUGAAAGAGAGACGCAUUAUUAUGAAAAAACAAGGUCAUCAGAUGCUACAUUCGAAGAAAUUUUCAAAUCUGAUUGUGAAGCUUGAAGAAGAGAAGCAUCCUAUUUUCCAACGUUAUGGUUUCGACUUGCGAACGGAAGUAUCAAUCACCUUGUUUGAAGCAUUGACCGGGUUCGAUAAGGUUCUUUUCCAACAUCUGGAUGAACGCGCUAUCAAGGUUCGAUAUGAACCAGGCAAAGUCAUCAAGCCAGACUCUUACAAGCUUAUUCGACACGAAGGCAUGCCUAUUGCAGGCAACAAAGACAACCGUGGCGAUCUUUAUAUCCAAUUCCGUGUCGAAUUUCCGGACACGAUUACGUUGACAGAUACGUCCAACAACGAACUUCGAAAUUUACUGCAACCUACCGAGAAAAUUGAGUCCGAUGGUUCCCGGCUCAUUGCAGCGGAUGCUGAUACCUCGGUGGAAGAAUGUGCGUUAUUGGACGCCCCUGUUGUUAAUUUUGAAAAUUCUGAAAAAGCGGAAAGCAUGGAUCAUGACGAGCCGAAUUUCAGUGACGAUGAUGAAAGCUACGACCACGGAUAUGAGGAACAUUAUUAUGAUCCUGUGGGUGAAGCUUUUGGUGCCAUGAACGAAGACAUAUUUGAGGGAACCCCUGUAGGUUGCCGGCAACAGUAGAGUAGUAAGAAAUUCUAGACGUGGAUAUCAUCGACCUUCAUUACAGCAUACUAUAACAAGCCCAGCGACACCUGCUCGUGGACUAUCAACUUUAUACGGAUUUUUUUUUCUUUUUUUUUUGCAUACCUUAUUUCAUUCAAUAAUAGAUUCUUCACAUUCAUCUCUCCAACAUUUUUUUUUCAGUGUUGCGGUCUAACUGUGGUGAAUUUAUUGGCUUGGCAAUGGAAGCCUGGAAUUUAUACUGUAACUCAAUACUAUUGAUGCGAUAGCAACAGAUCGAGGGCAAAAAGCAAAAGAU